AUGCCCCCCUCUGAUGAUGCAUUGCAUACCUCAAGUCACAAAGUGGACCUGCGUCCAUCUAAGAAGAGCCGUCGACUGCCUGCCCUGCAUCCGUCUCAUCAAAAGGCUAAUGCUCCGCUGCUCGAUAACAACACCAAGGCCACAAGGUUAUACAUUGCAACAGUCACUCGGGCCCAUACUUGUCACUUCCAAGAACCGGUUAUUAUAUGCAACACCAGUCCAUCCGAAGUCGGUGAUCCUAAGGCUGGCUGCAGCAGUGCCAAUGUUGAGGCUGGCUGUAGCAGUGCUAGUGUCGAGGCUGCUAUGGAUGAUAAUGGGAUGAUGGGCUCAGCCACAGCAGUGGCAGAACCUAGUACUAAGGGGACAAAACGGAAGCGUGAUAAUACUGCGAAGGGAAAGGGAAAUCUGUUUCUAUAUACUUUAUUCAUUGCGGUCGAUGCCAAUUUCAAACUCAAAGGCAAGGAGCGGAAAUUGGGUGAUGUAGACUUGGUGCCUGGAACCGGAGUAUUUGUCGACCAGGCUGCUUAUUGUGAGCACAUUGGUAACUAUGUUGAGCAACCCGAGAUGAAUACAUGUCGCUUAGAGAAUGAUGCAAUCGUCAGGGCGAGCAUUCGUAAUACCCCCGGAUACGCUAAUGGGGUUGGUGACUUGCAGAAGGUAAUGGGAGUUACACUUGCCUGUAUCUUCAUUACAUAUGACAUUGCCUGCCAGUGGACAAAGAACCUUUUCAAACGGAUCAUUGAAUUCCCAGAAAAAAUGAGAAUUGCCAAAGGAACACAAAUCCAGACCGCCAUUCCCAGUUGGCACAUCAAUGGCCAUGGCCCCGAUUGUUGCAAUAAUUACAAUGUUGGCUAUACAAAGGGUGUUGGGAAGACGUGCGGCAAGGAAGUGGAGACAAAUUGGUCUCAUACAAACCCACUUGCAGGAAGUGUACGUGAAAUGGCGCCGUCUGCUCGCCGAGACACCCUUAAUGACCAUUGGAAUGGCUGGAACUUUCGCAAGCUUAUUGGGUUUAGGACUAGCCUUGCGAGGAAAUUCAAGAAGGCUCAUAAGAUGCAAAAGAAAUACAAGGAAUCGUUUAAACAAUUCUCUUCAACUUUCACUGUUGAUGUCAUCAAACAGUGGACAGCCAAAAUCAAGCAAUGGGAGGAAAAUCCCAAAAAACCAAACCCGUACAAGGAAUCAACAAACACCAUUACGCUUCAAGACACACGACAUGAGUUGCAAAAAGAGGAAGCUGUGAUGGCAGCCACAGGGAAACUCCCAGCCCACAAAGUCACAAUGACGGGCUUCCUUGUUACUGGUCUGGAGUUAGAGGACCACCAGUACAAACUUACUAUGGAGAUUGCAAGCCAAACGGUCAAAACAACAAAAAAGCAGGGUGAUAUUCAUGAGAAAUGA